AUUCAAAAAUGAAGGAGGAGCACUAAACAUUUUUUAAAGAGAGGGAUUUAAAAUAUAUAACGGAAUUAUUAAUAUCGUAAAGCACACGUGAUUGCGACGUUUAAAGGGAAUGGGGGAAAAAGUAGAUAAUCCACGAAAGCAAGAAACGGGCGACAAGAAGAAAAAGAUAAGUAUCCUUGUAGAUGAAGAUGAUCCUUGUCUCAGAAAGGAAGAGGUUCGAGGCGAUGGGGAAUUGCGUGAAAUUGGACUAACUUCUCCUGGCAAUGACCCGAGAUUCCAGCAACAAAAUCAGACGCAGAGGUGCUUCGUGAUGUACACCGAUUUUUAUCGCUGUCAGCAUAUUUUGGGCGAAGGUCACGAGGCGUGCACGUGGUUUAAAGAUGUUUUCACGUCCAUAUGUCCGAAGGCCUGGGUGGAACGUUGGGACGAACUUAGAGUUACAGGCAGAUUACCUUGGCACAAACACAGAACUCAGGGCCCUUUCCCCGGCACCAAAUACGGCGAAUAAAAAGAGAGAAAAGAAUUAAUCUUGUAGAGUAAAAUUUAAAAAGUUUUAUAUUUGAAAUGGAACAAUUAAACGAUUAUUACGAUCAUA